CUGGAAGAAGUAAACGUGGGAUAUUGUGUUGGAAGAAUAGCUCAGACACUGAGGCCGACUGCCAGUCGAUAAUGCAAAUUAUUCGCUUCGUCUCUGGAUCGACGAGUAUAUUAUCGAGGUGAAGGUCUGGGUGGGAGAGCGAUGUCUGAGAAGGAGCCGGCGAUAGAUGUGGUGUUGAAACAGUCCAGUCACGUCUCCCCGAAACCUGUCUUGGGGCCUACCAAGCCUGACGCAGGGGCAGCGCAGAAGGUGCCCACCCGCUGUUUCAGCACUCAACACUCUCGGCAUCGCGGGCCUGCGUCGCUUGCCGGUGGCUGUGAUAGACAGCUUGACUCGGUCGGCGUCGUGGUUCUUUCACCGCUCACCGCACGGCUGUCUCUGGCGCUGAAGUUAGGUUUGGCUGCCAAAGGCAUGGCGGAGACAGCCCCGCAGAGGCCACCGCCCACCGCCCACCGCCCACCGCGUCACCGAUCAGCACCGCUUUGUCGCAUUCUUGGAGGGCGGCCGUCUUUGUCGGCGGCACGGCGGGCCUCAUCGCGCGGAGGCCAGGCGGCUGUCCGUGGGGCGGGCGCUAGAAGGGCGGCUCCAGCUGGGGGCGAUGCGGCGGGGAGAGCUGCACGGCGAGGCCAUCGCGCUGGUGGAGAGCGCUCCCAGCGCUCCCCGCGCGCCGCCGUCUCAGACCCAGUGGACUGCGCUCCGUGGCAUGUAAAGAGCCCCGCAGCUGCACCAGGAAGCCCCCAUCUGCCUGCCCGCGCGCCUCCACGACGUCCAGCUCGCCGCCAUUGCGUGCCAUCCCAACCCUUCCCCGAUCCCUCGCUGUAUUCUCACCACCGCCGGCCUCAAUUCUUCGCCUGCUGCCUCCUCGCCCUGCCCUGCUGCUCUGUCCAUCACUACGCGCUCCGCAUCCGCCAUUGCGUCCUCUGCCGGCCGUCACACGGCAGCAGCGUCAUCCCUGCGCUUUUGGCCUCUCUCGCGAACCAACGUCAAAGGAGUGCGGGUCCACCACAACCCCUCCCCUCUCACCACACCUCCAUGUCGCUGCCACCCGACUACUCCAAUGAAAUCUCCGCCCUCAACCGCGAGAUCCUGAAGCACAGCCCCCAAGACGUCCUGCAGUUCUGCGCCAACUUCUUCCAGCGCCGCCUCGAGUCCCAGCGCGCCGAGUUCCUGCUGUCCCAGCACCAUUCCACGCAAGGCGGUGGCAUGGCCGAGAGCACAUUCCCCGGCAGCAAUCCCUUCGGCUCCUCGCCCAGCGGCGGCCUCUCUACCGCUGGCAUGCACCGCCUCGAGGAGGAGGAGGAGAACGACACCGUCGCCUCGCCCACCGCCCAGUCCUUCCCGCGCUCCACCGACGCCGCUCCCUCCAGCGGCGAGUCGCCCUUUGGCAACUUCGGCGGCUUCCAGUCGCAAGCCAACAGCCGCGCUGCGGCCUCCAAGUCGCAGCCCCCCUCGUCGCUCCCGAUGGACCCCCAGAGCUUCCCCAGCAACUACAACAUGAACCGGAGGACGUCCGUGUCCGCCGAGUCGCUCAACCCCACCUCCUCCCUCAACGACAACUGGACCCCCCCGUACCACCAAAAGACGGACGACCAGCAGACACGCCUCAAGCAGGCCGUGUCAGGCAACUUCCUCUUCUCCCACCUCGACGACGAGCAAUCCGCACAGGUGCUAGGUGCCCUACAAGAGAAGCCAAUACCCACAAAGGGCAUAAAGGUCAUCCAGCAGGGUGACGUCGGCGACUACUUUUACGUCGUCGAGGAUGGCCAUUUUGACAUAUUCGUCAACAAGAGCGGCAAGCUAGAACCAGGCCCCGAUGGCCUGGGCAACAAAGUCGGCAGCGUCGGACCGGGCGGGUCCUUUGGCGAGCUGGCUUUGAUGUACAAUGCUCCCCGCGCAGCCACCGUUGCCUCAACCGAGCCCUCGACCCUAUGGGCGCUUGACCGAGUAACUUUCCGCCGCAUCCUCAUGGACAGCGCAUUCCAGCGACGUCGGAUGUACGAGGGCUUCCUCGAAGAAGUCCCGCUACUAUCGUCGCUAACGCCGUACGAGCGGUCCAAGAUUGCCGACGCGCUCGAGACUCGCAAAUUCCCCGCCGGCACGACCAUCAUCAAAGAAGGCGACGUGGGCGAAUCUUUCUUCAUCCUCGAGAGCGGUUCCGCCGAAGUCUAUAAGCGCGGCAUCGACAAGGCCGUCAAUAGCUACAAGAAAGGCGACUACUUUGGCGAGCUUGCCCUCCUCAACGACGCACCCCGCGCCGCCUCCGUCGUCAGCAACACCGAAGUCAAGGUGGCGACGCUCGGCAAGGACGGUUUCCAGCGCCUGCUAGGCCCCGUCGAGGGCAUCAUGCGGCGGAACGACCCUAGUAAGCUGGGGACAGAAGGUGUGGACCCUUUGGCUAAGGGAAAAUAG